UUUAAGAACUGCAGCAAUGGCAGAUAUCUCUUGAACACCUUAACACCCUCAAACCCUAGCUACACUCCCACCUCCGCAGAGCCCCACAACAUGUCUUCCCCGAAUUCCGAGGAAUCCAAACCCGAAAUACAGCCCGCCCACCAACCCAAAAUCCAAGAAAUUCCACAAGAAAAAGAAACAGCGACGGAACAAGUUUCAGAAGACUCAAUUAAUGAGGGGAAUGGUAUUGAAGAAGAGGAGGAGGAGGGAGAAUGUGGAUUUUGUUUAUUCAUGAAAGGGGGCGGCUGUAAAGACACAUUUAUAGAAUGGGAGAAGUGUAUUGAGGAGGGUGAGAAGAAUAAAGAGGACAUUGUGGAGAAGUGUUUUCAGGUAACUUCUGCUCUGAAGAAGUGUAUGGAAGCUCAUGCCGAUUACUAUGCCCCGAUUUUGCAGGCGGAGAAGGCGUCUGAGGAGGAGGCUGCAAAGGAAUUGGAGAAAGAGAGAUUGAGUAGCAAGGAAGACGGUGGGGAAGAAUCUGAGUUGCAAAAUAAUGAGGAAACUUUUGAUAGGGCUGAGAAAAAGGAAGGAUCUUGAUUUGGGAGAAUUGAGGAGAUCGAGCUGUUUAGAAUUCGUACGUUCAUUUUACAUAUGGAAAUUGUGAAGCUUUGGGAGAAUGUUCUCGAGGUUGAGAAGGCAGUUGAAGAGGAGGCUGCAAAGGAAUUGGAGAAAAGAGAGAGAGAUUGAGUAGCAAGGAAGGCGGUGGGGGGAAGA